ACUAAUUCGCAUUCCGUCACAAACAGUGUGUGUGCAAAGAAGAAGAUACGCACGCACGGACCGUGAUUGCGGAGUUUUGUUUUUGCAUUCGAAGAACUUGUCGAUUUUAACUUCUUUAAUUAGCAAUUUCACCAAAUUGCUCCAAACAAAUUCCGUCUCAAGUGCAACGAAAAUACGUACUACAUAUAUAUAGCAUACAACUAAAGUUUGUUGGCUACCACGGCUCGUCUGGACAGCAACAAUUAAUAAAAUGAAAGUGGAAAUCGUGUGAUGUCAUGUCGACGACGGCAGCAGCAGAGACGUCGACCGUUCUGUGAAUUGAAACUUCCUGUUCUCGCUCUCUCUUUCUCUGUGAAACCCACUCUGUCCUCCCACUGUUUGCCGUAUGAUAGAUCCUGUUGAAGGUAGCCAAAAAGUGCGACAAGUGAUGGUGAAUUAAUUUUUGGCAAAGCAGAAGAUUAAAGUAAAAAAGAAAAUAUAAAAGAAAAGAAAAAAUUCCAAUUUUCAUUCCACCGCUCAGCUGCAAAUGUGCCAGUGUGAAUAGCAGCACAAAAGAGAAAAGGUGAAACGAGCCAAACACAUACGCACGCACGCACACACACACGGAGAAGCUUGCGUGUAGGUGUGAGUUGGACAGCAACAGCGGCCAAAGCACUAAAAAAAACACAGCAACAACACAAUAAAAACAGUUUUUUAUUGAUUUCCCUCCAAAAAAAAAAGAAACAAAAUAAAUAAAUAAAAUAACACAAACAAUUUGACGACGAUUCCGCCCAAGCAACAGGAGCAGCUGCAUUUGCCACGCCUGUAUAUAGACCGUGGUACCGUCCUUAAGCUACACACACACACAUUCCCACUCCCUUUUCGUCCCCCCGUCACCACCUCCGCCCACUCACCAUGUCCAGCCCCAGCGCCAACGCUGAUGCCCAACCAGUUGUGGAGCAGUUGCGCUUGGAAGUGGAGCGACUGACACGCGAACUCGAUCAGGUGUCCAGCGCCAGCGCUCAAUCUGCACAAUAUGGCCUCUCGCUGCUGGAGGAGAAGUCGGCACUGGAGCAAAAGUGCGAGGAGCUGGAAACCCUCUACGAUAACACACGCCAUGAACUGGACAUUACGCAGGAGGCGCUCACAAAAUUCCAAACCUCACAGAAGGUCACAAACAAGACCGGCAUCGAGCAGGAGGAGACGCUGCUCAAUGAGUCGGCCGCUCGUGAGACAUCGCUCAAUCUGCAGAUACUCGAUCUGGAGAACGAGGCCAAGCAGCUGCGCCAUGAGCUGGAGCGCGUGCGCAAUGAGCGGGAUCGCAUGCUGCAGGAGAACUCGGACAUUGGACGCGAUAAGAGCGAUAAUGAGGCGGAGCGACUGCGUCUCAAAUCAGAGCUGAAGGAUCUGAAAUUUCGUGAGACGCGUAUGCUCAGCGAAUACUCAGAGCUGGAGGAGGAGAACAUAUCGUUGCAGAAGCAGGUGUCCAGCUUGAGAAGCUCGCAGGUGGAGUUCGAGGGUGCCAAACAUGAGAUACGUCGCCUGACCGAGGAGGUGGAGCUGCUCAAUCAACAGGUCGAUGAGCUGGCGAAUCUCAAAAAGAUUGCCGAGAAGCAAAUGGAGGAGGCGCUCGAAGCACUGCAGGGCGAGCGUGAGGCCAAAUAUGCGCUGAAAAAGGAGCUCGAUGGCCAUUUGAAUCGCGAGUCCAUGUUUCACAUUAGCAAUUUGGCAUAUAGCAUACGCAGCAAUAUGGAGGACAAUGCCAGCAAUAACUCGGACGGGGAGGAGGAGAAUCUGGCGCUCAAACGUCUCGAGGCGGAUUUGAGCACAGAACUCAAAUCGCCCGAUGGCACCAAAUGUGAUCUCUUCUCGGAGAUUCAUCUCAACGAGCUGAAGAAGCUGGAGAAGCAGCUGGAGAGCAUGGAGAACGAGAAAGCGCAUCUGACGACGAAUUUGCGUGAAGCGCAAAGCAGUCUGGACAAGUCACAAAAUGAGCUGCAAAACUUUAUGUCGCGCCUCGCCCUGCUGGCCGCCCAUGUCGAUGCGCUGGUGCAGCUGAAGAAACAGAUCGACGUCAAGGACCAGGACAGACAGACCAAGGAGGACGAGCAGCAGCUGCAGCAACAGCUGCGCAGCAUUAUCACACAAUAUGCCAAUUGGUUUACACUCUCCGCCAAGGAAAUAGACGGCCUCAAGACUGAUAUAGCUGAGCUGCAAAAGGGCCUGAACUACACGGAUGCCACCACCACGUUGCGCAACGAGGUGACAAAUCUGAAGAACAAGCUGCUCUCCACCGAGCAAAAGUCGCUGGAUCUGCAGAGCGAUGUGCAGACCCUGACGCACAUCUCACAGAACGCGGGUCAGAGCUUGGGCUCGGCUCGCAGCACUUUGGUCGCACUCAGCGAUGACUUGGCUCAGCUUUAUCAUCUGGUCUGCACGGUGAACGGCGAGACGCCGUCACGUGUGCUGCUGGAUCACAAGACCGACGACAUGAGCUUCGAGAACGAUUCCUUGACUGCCAUUCAGUCGCAGUUCAAAUCGGAUGUAUUCACCGCACGCCCGCAAAUCGUUGAGGAUCUGCAGGGCCUGGCCGAUUCCGUGGAGAUUAAGAAGUAUGUGGACACAGUGAGCGAUCAAAUCAAGCAUUUGAAGACCGCUGUGGAGCACACCAUCGAUCUGAACAAGCACAAAGUGCGCGCUGAGGGCGGAGAAUCUUCCGAUAAGGGCAACACCGAGGAGGUGGAGGAGCUGCAGGAGCAAAUUGUGAAGCUGAAGAGCUUGUUGUCUGUGAAGCGUGAGCAAAUCAUUACACUGCGCAAUGUGCUCAAGUCCAAUAAGCAAACCGCCGAGGUGGCGCUCACAAAUCUCAAAUCCAAAUAUGAGAACGAGAAAAUCAUUGUGAGCGACACGAUGUCCAAGCUGCGCAAUGAGCUGCGACUGCUCAAGGAAGAUGCAGCCACUUUCUCCAGUCUGCGCGCCAUGUUCGCUGCACGCUGCGAGGAGUAUGUAACUCAGGUGGAUGAUCUGAAUCGUCAGCUGGAGGCUGCAGAGGAGGAGAAGAAGACGCUCAAUCAGCUGCUGCGCUUGGCUGUGCAACAAAAGUUGGCGCUCACACAGCGCUUGGAGGAAAUGGAAAUGGAUCGCGAGAUGCGUCAUGUGCGUCGUCCAAUGCCUCCGCAGCGCGGCACCAGCGGCAAAUCCUCAUUCAGCACACGUCCAUCUAGCAGAAAUCCAGCGAGCAGCAAUGCGAAUCCAUUCUAACAUAAGAUCAGCGUGCAGCGUAAGCUUUUGGCCUUGGUUUAUACUUUGCUUAAGUUGUAAAUUCGUUGGGAGUAGCUGAAGAAUCACUCACAGACGAGCCCGGACCCAUACAACACACACAUGGAAUACUUUGAAUGUAUUUGUGAAGGAUGCUAUAGCUAUUUGUUCUACUUCCUAUAUUUAAUGAUAUAUAACUAUAUUCUAUUUGUAUCUGUUUCUAUUUGUAUUUAUUGAGCCCUUAGUUAGACAAAAAAAAAAAAAAAAAAAAAAAAGAAAAUCACAUAAGAAAACAAAACAGUUAUUAACGGUUAGUUACUUAAACGUCCAAUUAAUUUAAUUAACAACUCUAUUGAAAUUGAAAAAAAAAAUAUCAACUAAAUAAUUGUAUUUUUCUAUAUACAAGAAAAACAUGAUCAACAAAUGUAUUUGAUUCAAAUUAGUUUUCUUUUUGUUAACAUUUUCGCGUUGAUUGAUUUAUGAAAUUUGAUUUUUGUUAUCAACGCUGUGCGCAAAAAGCGAAAGAAAAAAAUUUGAAAUGAUGAAAUGAACAUAUAUAUGUAUAUAUAUAUGUAAAUUGGCAAGCAUGUAUUAAUAGCCUGACUAUAAAAAGUAUUUUUCAAAAAAAAAAAAAAAAAAAAGAAAGAAAAGAAAACAAAUUGGAAAAGUAUUUCCAAAAAAAAAAUGUACGUAAAAGUAAAUACGAGAUAACUUUUGUUGAAGAACAAAAGCAGAAAAGCUUAACAAAAACAAAAUAUGUAAAUUCUAUAUGCUAUAUUUAUAUAAAGAAACGAGAAAUAUUUGGCAAGCAACUGUUGUGCGGAUUUCUAUCAGCAAUGGCAGCGGCGUCUCAAAGACGAAACAUUUUUCUGAUUGAAAACAAAAAUUGUAGUAAAUUUAAUUAUUUUCUGUUCGCAAUCAAAAUAUUAUUUACAUAAAAAACCAAGUUUUUUUGUUGCAACCAUAGUCUAUAAUUUGUGCAUUAUUUAAUUUAAUAAAAAAAUAUAAAUAAAAUAAAUUAAUUGAUAUGAAAACAACAUUUAUUUAGCCACAAUCUUUUUCACUUUUAUUUUAUAAACACAGCCUUUAAAAAUAGAAUAUUCUAUUUACUACUAACAAGCAGCUUAAUCAACUUAAAAUAACAAAAAAAAUUGAAUAAUUAAAAAACGUUAAAGUUAAAACUAAUAAUAAUUAUUAUUAUAUUAUAGUAGCAAAUUAAUUAAAUACACAAAAAGUAGAGAUUUCAAACACAGCCAAGUUCUAUGAAAUUAUAAUAAUAUUAGAAUGUUUAUGUUUCAAAAAUGUUUAGUUGGAAAAAUGUGUAAGAAUAUCAAAUUGAAAUAUACAUUGAGCGUAUAUUAUGUAAAUUUACCGAGCCAUUAAAUUGAAUUUAUAUUUAAGACACACACAUGCAUACAUAGACUCACACACACACACACAUCGUCCACACACUCACAUACACUGAGAUUAACUGAACUUAUUCAGUUGCCUAUACAAAUUAUUUAUGAUGAAAUUUGUAGAACAAGAAACAACAAAAACAACUGAUGAAUACAUAAAUUUCAAAAUGAUUUUAUUGUAAUUUUACCGUCCCUUUUUGCAAAAAGAAAACAAAAAGAAAUAUGUAAAGAUGGAACAAAGUCUAUUUAUUGAACACACACCGAACCAAUAAACAACAACUACAACAUCAGUAAAAACAAAAACAAAUACAACUUUAAGUUUCAUCCAGAACAUACAUCCAUAUAUAUAUAUAUAAAUAAAUAUAUAUGUAUACAUAUACAUACCUUAUCAAUCGACCCAACAAGCCAAAAUAUUGAUAGCCAACAAAAGUAAAAACAAAAACAAAAUAAAAUAAAUAAUAA